UGUGUGUGCAUGUGUGUGUGAGGGGAGCUUACAGAAAGCUUUAUCCCCUGAGGAAAGAAGAAAACGACGAAUAGGAGAAAAGCUUAUUUAUUUAAGGGUUUUUCCGCUCACACAACCCUUGAUUUUCAUCACCUUUUUUCUCUAAUGUGGAUUAAUUGGAGCUGACCUCGCUAGGAUUAAGAAAAGGAUAUUGUGUUUUUACUGAAAGCUAUGGUGGCUUACGAUGAACUGGGUAGCUUGGUGCCUAUCAAACGGACUCUGCAAACGAUAGACUACCAGAACCAAGCCAACAAAGACUUAGAGGAACCCAGCAACAAGCGUGUCCGACCUCUCGGCAGGGUGACGUCGCUAGCCAACCUCAUCUCUCCGGGGAAGCAUGGGGCCGUCCGGCGCUUCGGCCAAACCAUCCAGGCCUCAUUCCGAGGUGAUGGCAAGUCGCCGGGUGUGCCCCAGAAGCCUUGCAGCAAGGCAGCUGCCCCCACACCGCCUAAGAGGAGGAACAGCACGCUGUGGUCAGAGACACUAGACGUCCACCAGAAGGGAACCUUGUCAACAAAAGAAAUCAAGCGGCAGGAGGCCAUACAUGAGCUGUCUCGUGGUGAACAGGACCUGAUUGAGGACCUCCAGCUCGCACGCAAGGCAUACCAUGACCCAAUGCUGAAGCUCUCCAUCAUGUCUGAGGAGGAGCUCACUCACAUCUUCGGCCACCUAGAUGCCUACAUCCCACUGCAUGAGGACCUGCUGUCCCACCUCGCCAAAGCAACAGGGCCAGACGGAACUGUGGGCCAGAUCGGACAGAUUUUCAUUAACUGGCUGCCCAGGCUAAAUGCCUACAAAGACUACUGCAGCAAUCAGCUGGCAGCCAAGGCGCUGCUGGACCAGAAGAAGCAGGACAGACGAGUGCAGGACUUCCUGCAGCGUUGCCUAGAGUCACCGUUCAGCAGGAAGCUGGACCUGUGGAGCUUCCUGGACAUUCCACGCUCCCGCCUGGUCAAGUACCCACUGCUGCUCAAAGAGAUACUGAGACACACUCCACCAGAGCAUCCAGAUGUCGGCAGUCUCGAGGAAGCUAUCACAAUCAUUCAGGGCGUUCUAUCUGACAUCAACAUGAAGAAAGGAGAGUCUGAGUGCCAGUACUACAUCGACAAGCUGGAAUAUCUGGAUGACAGACAGAAGGACCCUCGCAUCGAGCACUGCAAGAGUCUGCUGUGUCAUGGGGAGCUGCGUAACAAGAGCGGCACGAAGCUGCACGUGUUCCUGUUUACUGAGCUGCUGAUUCUCACCAGACCCGUCACCAGGAACGAGCGCCAGUGUUUCCAGGUUUACAGACAACCGAUCCCAGUUCAGGACCUGGUGCUGGAGGACCUGCAGGACGGAGACGUCAGAAUGGGCGGGUCCUUCAGAGGCGCUUUCAGCAACGCAGACAAAGCCAAAAACAUUUUCCGAGUGCGCUCUCAAGACCCGAGCCAGGCGCAGUCCCACACGCUUCAAGUCAACGACGUCUUCCACAAGCAGCAGUGGCUCAACUGCCUCCGCAGCGCCAUCUCCGUCCACCGGCCCGUCAACGAGCCCACCACACCCAGCCCGCCGCCCAUGAGUGCCGCCCGCUCCAGGCGCCGCCCCUCCUCCGUUUCGGCCAUCGUCCACAUGGAGGAAGCAGACGAGAACUGCCUGCAGCCGACUUCUCAGUCAGCCCCCUGCUCGCCAUGCACCAACACAACCCCCAGCCCCACCCCUUCAUCUUGCUCCUCCUCUUCAUCAUCAACGUCUUCGUUGUCCCCACUUACCUCGUCACUCAAAACCAAAAAGGACAAGAAGUCUCUAUGUUCUUUAGGGAAGAGAAAAGAGACAAUGGUUUAAUCUCCAGUUGUCAGGAGACAAUGGACUCCUUGGCGGACAUUGACUUUUCUGUACAUAUCUGUUAAAUAACAGCGCAGAGAAGCGUGGGACUUGUAUUUAUGUGCGUGUGUGUGUAUUAUUACAACAGUGUUCUGUGUUACUGUCCUCUUUGGCAGCUAUUUACCUCACCCCUGCUUCCAAGUGCGUCCCACAGAGACACAGUACUCUGCGGAGACGUGCAUGGAUUCCAACAGCUUUAAUAAGGGAAGCACAACAAGAAGCAAGCAAACAUUUCACACAUGAAUCUGUGUGUCAUGAGUGGGUUUCUUGAAGAUAGAGGUGGUGCAUCAAAUCCUGUUUACUAUUAAUUUGAUAUUUAAACAUUAUUUUAGACAGUUUAUGGGGAGUUAAUGAAAGUUUUACAUUUUUAUAUUCUAAAAUUAAUUUUAGUAUUAUUAUUUUUUUUAGAUAUCAUAAAGCAGCACUGUUUUAGCUUUUAGGUGAAGUUAUUUGAAAAAUUUGAGCAUGUUUAUGAGGCAAGAAAAGAAGAGAAUCCCCAAAUAGAAGAGAUGUACUACACAAAGCUACACCUUUCUCUGUAAAAGUCUGAUUUUUUUAGAUUAACGAGAGGAUCUUAUUUUUUUAUACAUUCCUUAAAUGACAGAUGUUUGGACCCAAACACUUUUUAUUUUUUCAUAUACUGUAGUCAGAGGCAUUAACUUAAAUCCCUAACAUGUGAGAUUUCAUUUUCUCACUGUUAGAACAAAGACGACACUAUGAUUAACAUAAUAAUCAUCAGAUGUUGACAUCAUGUCAGACAUGAGAGCAGGAGUUAUCGAAUUCAAUUUUUGAACUGAGCCAUGUUGGUUUUUGAAGAAAAAGCUGACUUUUCAGAAUGAAACUUUUCAGUGUAGCAUCUUGCAUGGAGCUGUUGGUUGUGGGCACCGCUCCCACCUGUUGAGGCAGUAAUGAUGUAUGAACCUGUCGUGAGGGACGGGACGGGUAAAUGUGUAAAGGACUUGCCAAAGAAAGUAGAGGAAUGUUGACUGAAGGCUGAAGAGAUGAAGUAAAGACCAGAAGGAUAAAGUUAUGUUUAGUAAGAAGAAAGAUCUGUAAGAGCAAGAUGUUUCAAUCCAGUGAUAUCUUGCUCUUCGAUGAUAGAAGGUAGAACUUGAAAGGAAAAAGAAAGUAGAGGAAGAGAUAUGGAAAAAGAAGGUUUUUGUAUGUGCACAAGAUGUUGUCAAUGAGAUGGAACAAAAAGAAAGAAAGAAGGCAAUUUGUUUGCCUCAAACUGUAUUUAAUAAAAGAACAAUAAAAGUCUGUGUAAGAUUUGCUUCUGAA